AUGAGCGCAGAUUUACUAGGCGAUGAGAACGACCAGCGUCUCGAUCCAAAUGUCGCAGCGAGUGCGUUUCCAGACAUCGAUGGCGUAGACGGCGCCGGAGAGAAAUACCCAGAUAUCGGCGAUAUUGGCGGUGUUGGUGGUGAUACCCAAAUGGAUAGCAGCACACGGGGUAUAUCACCAUCUGGAGCACAACCGGAUGAAAUAACUCAGUUUGAAUCCUCAUUCCCGGCGUUGGAAGGUGAGGAGGUGGAUAGUGGUGUGCUUGCUGCACCUGCUGAGCCUACUGAACCUGCUAUAUCUUCCGCACCCUCUGCGCUCUCCGUACACGCUGCAACUGCUCCAAAAACACCCGUCUCCGCACCAUUAUUCUCCGCUAAGCAAGAUAGUGAACCAGAGUCAGAAGCAGUGCGCGAGUGGGGCGAGAAACGUGCUUCUGAAAUAGCUACGCGUGACGCAGCAUCGGAGAAAGAGAAGGAGGACAUACGUCUCAAGGCAGAGCGUGCAAUUGACAGCUUUUACAAGGACUACAAUACGCGCAAAGAGACUAAAAUUAAGGAAAACAAGCAAGAGGAGGAGAAGUUUAUGAACGAGAGGACUGAUGGACUCGGAAAGGGGACAACCUGGGAGCGUAUUUGUGGCUUGUUGGAUGUGGAUAAUCCGCACAACAAACAACUCAAUCGCAAGGACAUGUAUAGGUUUAAGGAGGUGUUGAUGGGAUUACGUAAGCAGGGUGAUAGAGCACCUGGAGCAGCUGGAUAUUGA